AAGUAACACGUAGUUGCCAGUCGCAUCCACGGCCAUACUAUUAGCCUGAAACAGACAAAAAUAUUUUCGAAGUGAAAAAUAUUCGGAAGUUAUACGGUUAAAAAUAAAAAUUUCAAGUUUAGAGAAGAAUCGAGUCUUGGACGUAGAUCAACAACGCAAGAUAAUAUACCUGCAAAUCUCGGUGCUCUGUGACCACAUAGUCGCUGCCCCAACGUUUUGACAUUUUACCAAUAAAUUCGAAUUCCUGUCAGCAUUCUGUGAGGUUAGAAUUAAACCGAAUACGCGACCGUAGUUAGGCGCGUACAGGCAACCAUACGCGCACACAAACGCACUGCAUGGCGUCCUAAAGUUGCACACAAACCUGUUCUUAUUAGAAGCGCUUACGAUUGGUCAGUUGAAAUUCACACAUACAUCCCCCCUACGAGCAGAUGUCCACGAGUUCGACAAAGACAAGAGGAGGGAGGUAACGAGGUAAAAAGAGCAAGAGAGAGGGAAGUUCAAGACGCUUCGCUGUGCUAUUUCUGUCACGUAGGACGCAUAUAUCGUUAUUGCAUACAAGCGUACCUGACAUCGAGGCGCAAAUAAUUGGAAACACGGUACGAAACAAGAGCAAAAGGGGUUCAAGUUUGGUCGACCUUUGAUCGGGCCAGUCGUAAUUUCAUUGAAUUUUCAGGUGUUGUAGUUGUUCGUCCAGUGACCGUGGUAAUUCAAGUGAUAGUAACAACAAUGUCCGCGAUUAUGGAUUGUUUUCACCAGUAGCGAAUGUUGUGAAGUUUGUUAGUCACUUUGUUUAGCUGACUUCCCCGAUAAGAGAUCUCUAUCUAUUGAGGCAGCACUGUUAAAGAACUUUGUGUUUAGUGUGGGUUUCUGCUGAUUGAGAAAACAGCAUCUUUUGUUUCUCAAGGGUGGUUCUUUGUCCUUCGCGAUUCGUUUUCCCUCUCUUCAGCUGGUACGUCACUGAUUGCGGCUGCGAGAAGCCAACCGAGUACUCCGUCACGGCUGAAACUUUAAUUCAACCACCGAUUGCUGAAAUCGGGCUAGGCACGGACGUGAAUUCCGUCUCGAUAUUUUUAAUUAGGAAUCUGUGAUGUACAAGCUCGGCGUCGCGGGAAAAAUCAUCACGUCCGCUAUUAAGUUUGUACACUCGAAAAGGAAAGGAAUUUUCAUACCCAUAAGAAAGAUGUACAAGGACUCGAUAAGUCUUCGAUGUCAAAGAAGCUUUUUAACAUUUCGAUUGUAUUGAACGCCUUGGCCGUUGCGACUGAGAAACGAGGUCAAGUUUUUGCCAGAAUAACACCAACAGGUCAUCAACUCCGAUGUAACGGAGUGUUAAUGACAUAAGAAGCAGUUCGCUAGGAGAUGCAUCAAGAGUGUUCAGCCCAGAACCGCUGCUUUUAUACAUUGUAAGAGGGAAGCCGUUGUUAAUGACAAAAUGAAGUUGUUGGAGAGUACACGUUUCGAAGCUAUCAACAGUGCCUUGUCCAUCAAGACCGGAGACAGUAAAAUAAUAGGCCGAAUAGAGAGUUACUCUUGCAAAAUGGCUGGAAAUGAUAAACAGUUAUACAAACGUUUCAAUGCGGAACAGGGAUUUGCUCCUCACGAUCUUCAAGCUUUAUCACCACCACAAACUUCUCUGGGAACAUCACCUGCUCAAAGCCGCAGCGUUUCUGGUGAUGAAGAUGGUCCACUAUGCGACACAAUCAGUAGAAAGACAUUAUUCUAUUUGAUUGCCACUUUGAAUUCAGCUUUUCACCCGGAUUAUGAUUUCUCUGAUGCUAAGAGUCAUGAAUUUAGUAAGGAACCAAGUUUAACUUGGGUCAUGAAUGCAGUAGACAGCAAUCUGAGUGCAACUGCGGGUGAUCAUUAUCGUACUCUUAGAACAGCGCUUUGGGCGGCCAUCGAUGAUGAGAUAUCAUUAAACGAAUGUGAUAUUUAUAGUUACAAUCCAGACUUUGUAUCAGAUCCAUUUGGAGAAGAUGGAUGCUUAUGGUCUUUUAAUUAUUUCUUCUAUAAUAAGAAAAUGAAACGCAUUGUGUUUUUCACAUGCAGAGCAAUAAAGUAAGUAAGAACUAUUUCAUAAAUCGA